AUGGUUCGACCACGCGUGAGAUUGCCGCGCGUCCGCCUCGCGCAGCAGCUGCAGCAGCGCUCUCUGCACAGCGUCCCCAAGCUCGACCACGACUUCAGCAAUGGUGUCCCCGGCGUGCUGUCGGCCGACGGUUUCCAGAUGGCGUGGACCGAGUACAUGACGCACACGCUCGAUAAGCUGAACGCGUUGACGGCUGGCACCGACCUCGAAACGCGCGACACGAAGCAGAUCAUCCACGCGACGGCCCGCGACCCCGACCAAGCGCCCAUCUUCAACCACGCCUCCAUGGCCCACAACACGCACUUCUUCUUCAAGACGCUGACGCCGACCCCGAAACCCAUGCCGCCGCAGCUCGCCGCCGACCUCUCGACCGCCUUCUCCUCCCUCGAAACCCUGCGCCGCGAGAUGACGCUGACGGCCGCCUCCAUGUUCGGCCCGGGUUUCGUCUGGCUCGUCAAGGCCUCCUCGUCCGCCGCCUCCACGGGCCCCUCCGCCGCCGGCAUCCUCUCCUCCGCCGGCGGGCCCGCCUCUUCCUCCUCCUCUUCUUCCGCCGCGGCGGGCGCCUCCCCCUCGGGCGCCGAGUACCGUAUCCUGACGACCUACCUCGCCGGCACCCCCUACCCGGGCGCCCACUGGCGCCUGCAGGGCCGCGACAUGAACACGGCCGGCGCCGCCGGCUCGGCGUCGGGCUUCCUGCGCAGCACCCAGCGCGCCAGCCAGCUCGGUGCCAAGCCCCCCGGCUCCCUCGACCUCGUGCCCCUGCUGUGCCUCAACACGUGGGAGCACACCUGGCUGCGCGACUACGGCAUCGGCGGCAAGCGCGCCUUUGCCGAGGCCUGGUGGGAUGCCGUCGACUGGUCUGUUGUUGCCGAGGCGGCCAACAUUCGCCCGCGUCCGGCGUUCCAGGUCUGA